AUGACGGGUGAUCGUGAGAAGAUUGGAGAGCCCAUUGCCAUCGUGGGAAGUGCUUGCCGCUUUCCUGGUGAUGCAACAACUCCCUCCAAGCUUUGGGAACUGCUCAAAGCCCCUCGCGAUGUUCUCAGUGAGAUUCCAGACACCCGAUUCAGCACAAAGACUUUUUACCACCCCGACGGGCUCCACCAUGGUACAACAAACGUUCGACACUCCUAUCUGUUGUCGGAUGACCAUCGCUUGUUUGACGCCCAAUUCUUUGGAACGAAACCAGUCGAAGCAAACUCCAUAGAUCCCCAGCAAAGAUUGUUGCUUGAGACUGUCUAUGAGGGCCUCGAAACAGCGGGAAUCCCCAUGGAAAGUCUCCAAGGGUCUGAUACCGGUGUUUAUGUCGGGCUCAUGACAAAUGACUAUGCCGAUAUGCUAGGCCGAGAUGUUCAAAAUUUCCCCACCUACUUUGCAUCUGGCACAGCUCGGAGCAUUCUGUCCAAUCGAAUCUCCUACUUUUUCGAUUGGCGCGGGCCAUCCAUGACAAUCGACACAGCAUGUUCAUCUAGUCUGAUCGCGCUCCACCAAGCAGUGCAGAGUCUGCGCAGCGGCGAGACAAAUGUGGCGGUGGCUGCGGGAACAAACCUGUUACUUGGACCCGAGCAGUACAUCGCAGAAAGCAAGCUGAAGAUGCUUUCUCCAACUGGUCGCUCGCGAAUGUGGGACAAGGGUGCCAAUGGCUACGCACGUGGUGACGGUAUUGCUGCGGUCAUACUAAAGCCGUUGAGUGCCGCCCUGGCGGAUGGUGAUCAUAUCGAAUGCAUUGUCAGAGAGACCGGCGCCAACCAAGACGGUCGUACAAAGGGAAUCACGAUGCCCAACCCAAUGUCUCAGGCAGACCUUAUUCGGACCACAUACGCUCGAGCUGGACUUGAUCUUUCUAAACAGGCUGACAGACCACAGUAUUUCGAGGCUCACGGAACUGGUAAGUCAACCAAACACAGGGUCGAUGGCUUUCGAGAUUUUCUAACAUGCACAGGAACCCCGGCGGGUGACCCGGUCGAAGCUGAAGCCAUCAGUACCGCAUUCUUUGGGCCUGCUGCCAACUACGCGAGAAAGGGUGACCACGAGCAUCCUCUGUACGUUGGAUCAAUCAAGACAGUGAUUGGACACACUGAGGGCACAGCCGGUCUGGCUGCUGUCCUGAAAGCGUCUCUUGCUUUGCAAAAUGCAGUAAUCCCACCUAAUAUGCUCUUGGACGAGUUGAGCUCGACCGUGCGACCAUUUUACAACGAUCUGAAAAUUUUGACUGAUGCCCGCGAAUGGCCUCCACUUCCGGAGAACACCCCCCGCCGUGCCAGUGUCAACAGCUUCGGAUUUGGUGGAGCCAACGCCCAUGCCAUCUUGGAGGAAUUCAACCCGAGUUAUCUCAACCCGAGUUAUCUCAACCAAAAACCAAGAAAUGUUUCCGAUGCCGUUGUAUCGCCUUUCAAUUUCUCUGCAUCUUCUGAAAAGUCGUUGCUUGCGAAUCUCGCGGCGUACUCAUUAUACCUGAGAGAUCAUCCUGAUGUCAACAUUCGUGAUUUGUCAUGGACAUUAAACUGUCGACGUUCGACGUUGCCAGUACGACUGUCAGUCUCCGCAUCGACGGUGGGAGCCCUUACUGCGAGAUUGGAUGAAGCAAUCCAGUCUUCAUCCUUCACACCAAGUACACAGACAGCGACUUUGCGCGCACCGAAGCUGCUGGGUGUAUUCACCGGACAGGGUGCACAAUGGGCUCGAAUGGGUGCUGAACUGCUCGAAAGCUCUUUGAUUGUCAGAGAUUGCAUAGCUCGACUUGAUCAGUCCUUACAGGAUUUGCCCACUGAACAUCGCCCCCUCUGGUCCCUUCGAGAGGAAAUUCUGAAAGACAAACACACCUCCCGAAUUGGAGAGGCAGCUUUCUCACAACCUCUUUGUACCGCUAUUCAGAUCUCACUGGUGCAACUUUUGACCGCAGCGAACCUGAAAUUCACAGCUGUUGUUGGCCAUUCUUCCGGUGAGAUCGCGGCUGCCUAUGCGGCCGGGUACCUGAAUGAAGGCGAUGCGAUCAGGAUCGCGUAUUACCGUGGGUGGUCUCUUCAGUACGCAAAUGAUUUAGAUGGACCAAAGGGGGCGAUGAUGGCUGCGGGCACCUCUUUCGAAGACGCCAAGGAGCUUUGUGAAAUGCCGUCAUUGGAGAAUAGAAUUUGUGUGGCUGCCAGUAACUCGUCCGCGAGUGUGACACUCUCUGGGGACGCUGAUGCCAUUGACGAGGCUAGGGAGAUUCUGGAAGAUGAGAAAAAGUUUGCACGCUUGUUGAAAGUUGACAAAGCUUACCAUUCCCAUCACAUGUUGUCUUGCGCAGCUCCUUAUAUCGCCGCGAUACGCAAGUGUGGAAUCACGAUUCAACAUCGGCCUAGAGACAGCCCUACCUGGAUCUCUAGUGUCUAUGGUGAGCAUAUCGAUCAAGUGGAUGAUAGUCUUGCCGACACAUACUGGAGCAACAAUAUGAUCAACCCUGUCCUGUUUUCACAGGCCGUCACCUACGCCGUUGGUGCAGCCGGACCCUUCGAUAUGUCGAUUGAAGUUGGCCCCCAUCCAGCCUUGAAAGGACCUGCUCUGCAAACGAUAUCGGAAGUCUCUGGGAAAACAUUGCCCUAUACUGGGACGCUGAAUCGUGGCAAAAAUGAUGUAGAGUCUUUCUCUUCAGCCCUGGGCGCCUUAUGGAUCGCACUAGGAGACGGUGUUGUGGACUUCUCAGGCUAUGAGACUAAAUCGAGUCAUGCUGGUCAGACGCCGACCUUACUCAAAGGCCUUCCAUCCUACUCCUGGGAUCAUGAUAGGGUCUACUGGCACGAAUCACGAUCGUCCCUCGCGUUCCGCGCUGAAAGCCAGCCCUUCCACCCACUGCUUGGGGUCAAAUGUGCAGAUGGGACUGACAAGGAGCUACGCUGGCGCAAUUAUCUCCAUCCCCGUGAGGUUCCAUGGUUAGCGCAUCAUCAAGUUCAAGGACAAAUGGUUUUCCCAGCUGCUGGAUAUAUUUCUGCCGCGGUUGAAUCCAUUGUUCAAAGGUACGGGUUAGGGUCUUUGCGGCUGAUCGACUUUCACGACAUUGUCAUCGGACAAGCUUUGGUCCUCGAGGAGAAUGGCGGAGUCGAGACAAUCUUUAGACUUUCCGUUGAUUCAGUUGAGGGAGAUCUCGUUUCGGCAUCCUUUGCCUGUCACUCUGACGCCAACAAAGGAUCAUCCACAAUGUCAUUGCAUGCAUCGGCGAAGUUGAAGGUUACGCUGGGAGAUCCUAAGAGUGACCUGCUCCCAAAGAGAUGCGAACCUCAAGGUCUCUUCCUUGAUCUGGAGACUGAUCGAUUUUACAACUCGGUCUCCGAGCUUGGCUUUGGAUAUACGGGCCCCUUCCAAGCGCUCUCCGGCUUGCGCAGGAAAAUGGACGAGGCCUCCGGGUUAAUUGCGGUCCCGGGGCCAGAUGAAACAGGACAAUCCCUGAUCGUUCACCCUGCUUCCCUUGACGGUGCUAUACAGUCCAUCAUGCUCGCCUAUUCCUUCCCAGGAGAUGGACGCCUGCGCACCCUCUAUCUGCCGACUCGAAUUGAUCGGCUCUGUGUCAACCCAUUGGCCUGUGCUACCCUCGGCGCUGCGGGCGCCGACCUGCCAUUCUAUUCUGUGGUCACCGAAGCCCGAUUCUCUGAGCUUUCCGGUGAUGUUGACAUCUUCUCUGUGGAUGGAACUGACACACUGAUUCAACUGGAGGGUCUUCACACAACCCCCCUCAGCCCAUUGACGUCCUCCAGCGACGUUCCCUUCUUUACAGAAGUCACAUGGGGCGUUGACAAACCAAUAGGGGGAGAGUUCAACAUUGACCACGAAAUGACCAUGGAUGAACACUCCCUGUCGCUGGAUCUUGAACGUGUCGCUCACUUUUACUUCAAAGAGCUCGAUCGCUUGCUGCAGCCCGCGGACCGCACAAAUGCUGCUCGGCAUCAUGUCCAUCUUCUUUCCUACAUGGAACAUUGUAUUUUAUCUGUUGCUAGUGGCAGACACAAGCACGGGAAGCUAGAAUGGGCCAGCGAUACGAUCGAUAACAUUUUACCAAUUUUGGAACGUAACUCCCACCACGUGGAAGUGCAGGGUAUGCGCCAAAUUGGUGAAAUUCUUCCAGCAGUUGUUCGCGGGGAUGUGAACCUGCUUGAGACUCUGAUGAAGGAUGACAUGCUCUCCAAAAUCUACGCUCAAUCGCUCGGAAUAGGCGCUUACUUGGACGAGGUUGCUCGAGUUGCCCAUCAGAUCAGUCAUAGAUACCCUCAUCUCAACGUUCUAGAAAUUGGAGCUGGUGCAGGUGGUACCUCAGAACGAGUGAUGCGUGCCAUGGGGCUGGCCUUCGCAUCGUACACGUACUCAGACAUCCUUGACACCCAGUUUGAUGCUGCGCGUGAAAGGUUCUCAGAUUACCAGUCAAGAAUGGCGUUCAAGGUGUUGGACAUUGAGAAAGACCUGGGGGAGCAGGAUUUCCAAGAGGCUUGCUUCGACCUCGUGAUUGCUCCCUUGGCACUUUACGCCACCAAGAAACUCGACUCGACGCUCACAAACGUCCGCAAGUUACUCAAACCGGGUGGCUACCUCAUUUUGCUGGAGAUCACGGACCCAGAGGCAAUGCGCUUCGGACUUAUGCUAGGGGGUCUUCCAGGAUGGUGGCUUGGCGUUGAAGAAGGUCGCACCCUUUCUCCUUGCAUCUCAGCCAACAAGUGGGAAACAUUGAUGAAACAGGUCGGAUUCUCGAAGUUCGAGGCCCUGGCGCCGUGUUCGUCGACCUCGCCCGUGCCAUUCUCUGUCAUGGUCACUCAGGCGGUCGAUCACCGUAUCAACUUCUUGCGUGACCCAGUGGCAUCCGUCCACCAACCAUUGGCUGUGGACGCCCUGACAAUCAUCGGAGGCAAGGCUCCCUUGACAUCCCAACUCAUCGACGAUAUCACAGUUGCCGUUCGUCCUCAUUACAGUAAAAUUUACACGGCCAGCUCGCUGGGCGACCUCGUAUUAACAGAGCUUCCUGUCAUGGGUACCAUUGUCAGUCUUAUCGAACUUGACGAGCCAGUGUUUAACCAAAUGUCUGCCGAGGACUUAAAGUCAUUCCAAGAGCUCUUUAAACAGAGCAAAAACGUUCUUUGGGUGGGGCACGGAGCACAAGGAUCCAAUCCUCACGCCAACAUGUUCACUGGAGUCCAGCGCACGCUGACAAUUGAGAUGACGCAUCUUCACAUUCACUUCCUCAAUUUGCAUUCAUUGGCUGAUGCGGAUGGCAAUAUUAUCGCUACAAAACUCCUCCAUUUGGAAGCCGCUGAAAUCUGGGAUCAGAGUGGCCAGCUUGAUGGUAUUCUUUGGUCUAACGAGGCUGAGUUGCUACUAGAGAACGGGCAGUUGAAAGUGCCUCGGUUCCGUCUCAAUACCAUUCGAAACAAUCGAUACAACUCUUCAAAACGACUGAUCACCAAAGAAGUCUCUCGUGCCGGGACUACCGUGACUAUUCAGCCAACGAAGACGGGCUACCUAGUAGAAGAACAGGACCUUCGCACAUCGCCCUCUCUCUCUAACCACGUUGAAGUUCAGGUCACACACUCCUUAUUACGCGCCGCAAGACUCACCGAAGCAAGCAGUCUCUUCUUGGUCGCAGGCAAAAAGGCCCAAACCAACGAAUACGUGGUGGCUUUGUCCAGCAGUCUGGGAUCUCGAGUCUAUGUACCACAAAACCUAGUGAUGCAGUGCGGAGAGACAGAAGAACAUGGACUCCGGUCUCUGCUCACGCUCUAUCUUCACAUUCUUGCUCUUUCAAUUUUCCAGAGAACGAAGGCUGGAGACACGCUCGCUGUGCUCGACCCCGAUUUCUCCCUAGCCCCACUCCUCACGAAGUAUGCAACCGAGACAGGUGUGCAACUUGUGCUCUUGACGACAAAAGAAGGGCAUUUCUCUUGGCCAUGGAUUCGAAUCCAUCCGAAUUCUACCAGGCGAGAGCUGCUAAGUAGGCUGCCUCGCAAUAUCGUGCGUCUUGUCAACAUGGGCGGAAGCGAUGAAGUAUUGUCUCUGCUUGAGUCUUGCUUUAAGCCCAAUUGUCAAUUUGAGUCCGAGAUCACAUUGACUGCCGACUUGCCUUUAUCUGAUUACAUGUCCGAUAUGAGCCAUAUCACCACGCAGCUCCAAAAGUCUUGGAGAAGGACAGAAUACGACUUGCUGCCUGUCGAUUUACUCAAGUUUGCAUCUCUGAAAUUGGACGAUUUGAUUCGUGCCCGCGAGCCGUUCACGUCCCAAUCAUUGGUAACUUGGGGCCAGUCAAGCCUCCCUGUUCAGGUUCAGCCGGCAACAAAACAUGUCAAGUUCUCCAAAGACAAGACAUACUGGUUAGUUGGAUUGACUGGUGGGCUUGGGCUGUCACUUUGUCAGUGGAUGAGCCGACAGGGUGCACGCUACAUUGCUAUAUCCAGUCGAAAUCCAAAGAUCGAUGACCAGUGGUUGGCACGAAUGGCUGUUGAUGGGUGUACAGUCCGUGUGUUUUCCAACGAUAUCACGAACCGUGAAUCGGUUCAAUCCACCUAUCGCCGUAUCAAGGAGACAAUGCCUCCAAUUGCUGGUGUUGCGCAAGGUGCCAUGGUUCUCCAAGAUACCAUGUUCAUCGAUCUUGAUCUUCCUCGCUUUGACAAAGUUCUGCGCCCCAAAGUCGAAGGUAGCAUCUUGUUGGAUGAACUCUUCCCAGAAGAUACUCUGGAUUUCAUGGUUUUCUUUUCCUCGAUGGCCGCCAUGACAGGAAAUCCCGGUCAGGUUGCCUACAAUGCUGCCAACAUGUUCAUGGCAAGCUUAGCUGCUCAGCGUCGACAGCGUGGCUUGGCGGGACACGCCAUCAAUAUCGGAGCCAUUGUGGGCAAUGGCUACGUGACACGGGAGCUAAACAUGGGCCAGCAGUCAUAUCUCUACCGAGUCGGUCAUUCGUGGAUGUCUGAGCAGGAUUUCCAUGAAGUGUUUGCCGAAGGUGUUCUCUCUUGUUUGGAUAGAGUGGGAAGCGCUGAAUUGUGCUGCGGUCUCAGAAUAGACGAUGAUGAGAGCAAGAUCUGGGUCUCGAAUCCCAUGUUCCAGCAUCUCGUGUACAAAUCAAGCAAUCUGGUCAUUGCGGACAAGAAAGGCAAAUCAGGGGUCAUGAUCAAAACGCGCCUGUUUGAGGCAACGUCGAAGGAGGAAUCCGCCCUGCAAGCAGAUCCCAGUAAGCCUAUGUUGGAAAUGAGUCCAGACGAGCUUGGAGUCGACUCUUUGGUCGCUGUUGACCUCCGUUCGUGGUUCUUGAAAGAGCUCGGGGUUGAUAUACCGGUGCUCAAAAUUUUCAAUGCUGCGUCGAUUCGAGAGCUGUUAGCCACCGCCGCAGAAGCCCUGCCCGCGGCAUUGGUCCCCAAUCUCAACAUCGCCGAUCCACAUGUGAACGCCGCCUCCACUCAGCCAGCGAUUCCAUCCCCAGGAAGGGAUGCUUCUAUCGACGACAUUCGAAUGAGCGCGACAGAGAUAGAGACCAAAGAGCACCUGACGAGUGACAGGUUCGAAAUUCCGGAUGCAACGAACGCUUAUAGUGCCAGCUCGGUCACAUCGUUAAACGCCGAUGACUCGAAUUCGGAGAACAAUGAAGAUACUUCGUCAUCCAUCUCCAGUGAUACCAGCGAGAUAGGGCCACUCAAGCGUGACAUUGCAAGAACAGUUCCAAUGUCGUAUGGUCAGUCGCGAUUCUGGUUUUUGGAACAUCUCGUGGAAAACAAAACCGCCUUCAACAUCACACCGACAUUCAAGCUCUCAGGUCGACUCAGAAUUGCAGACUUCACGAGAGCAAUAGAAUUGGCCGGCCAACAUCAUGAGGCCUUGCGAACCUUCUUCUUUACUGAUGAGGAGCGGAAUCACAUGCAAGGUAUCUGGUCCGAAUCAAGCUUGCGGCUGGAGCACAUCGAAAUAUCGAAUGAGAAAGAGGUCAAAGAGAUCACCAAGCAGAUGAAGGACCAUGUCUUUAACCUUUCGGAGGGUGAAAUUAUGCGUGUUCGUUUACUGACGCUCAACCCUGAAACACACUGGUUGGUCUUCGGCUUCCACCAUAUCAAUAUGGAUGGUAUAAGCUUCGAGAUCUUCUGGUCAGAUGUGGAAAAGGUCUACCAAGGCCAACCACUUUCUGAGGAUGGGCUUCAAUACGCAGACUUCACCACGAGGCAGAUUCGAGAACGUGAAGAUGGUGACUGGGCAGCGGAUCUCGCGUACUGGAGAUCCCAAUUCAACGAGAUGCCACCUGUAAUCCCGCUUCUUCCGUUCGCACUUCAGCCCGGGCGCCCCAAAAUCGCUCAGUUCGAAUCUGAAACCACUGUUGUCCGUCUGGAUGCGAGCGUCUCGGAGGCCAUUGAGCACUGCUGCCGACUGUUCAAAUCAACACCCUUCCAUUUCCAUCUUGCAGUUUGGCAAAUUUUCCUGCUACGUUGGUUUGACCUGGAAGAUGUUUGUAUUGGUCUGGGAGACGGAAAUCGCACAGAGGCCGAUAUCAUCCGCAGCGUGGGUCUCUACCUGAACUUACUCCCUGUCAAGCUCUCCCGCCAGUCAGGGCAAUCAUUUGGGGAGUGUUUGAAGCAAGCUAGAGACAUUUCACAGGGAGCAUUUUCCCACUCCCGAGUGCCCUUUGAUGUGAUUCUGGCAGAACUCGAUGUCCAAAGGUCGGCCUCGCAUAACCCGUUGUGUCAAGUCAUCUUCAAUUAUCGACCAAAAGCCGAGCAGGCCAGGCAAUUCUGUGGGAUUGUCGCUGAGGGCUCCCUCAUGAGUGGCGGCGAAACCUCGUUCGACAUUGCACUGGAUGUCGCGAACGUGGGUGCCGGUGAAACGUUGGUUCAUUUAUCGGUUCAGAAAAGUCUUUAUGGUAUUGAGCAGGCCGAGAUCAUGAUCCGCUCCUACGUGAACCUUCUACAAUCUUUCCUUCAAAACCCGGCGACUCGGGUGACUUGGCCUAAUUUGCACCCCAAAGGGGAGAUUGAAAGAGCAGUGGCAGCAGGGCGAGGGCCGGAGCUUCGGAGAGAAUGGCCUCCCACUAUUGUUCACCAACUAGAAGAGGUCAUAUCACUACACCCCGAUCGCAUUGCAGUGAAAAACCACGACGGAAUCUCCCUUACAUACACUGAGAUUCACCACCGAGUCAACCUGAUUGCAACUGAGUUGUUGAGGAAGGGAGCCGGCGCGGGAACAAGAGUUGGUGUUUUCCAAUCACCCAGCUCCGACUGGAUCUGUUCGAUGCUGGCCAUUUUCCGCGUCGGUGGCUCUUACGUUCCGCUGGACAAGAAGGUUGGCAUUGAACGGCUUGCCAUGGUCGCCGAAGAAACACACACGCAAGUGAUGCUUCUUGAUACAACAACGAUGUCUGACUAUGGUCUUUUACACACCACAGCUGAACCUAUCAAUGUCAGCAACCUAAGCGGCUCCGCUGCUGCUUCUGUGCCAAAUAUGGCAGCCCCAGAUCAGACGGCUGUCAUUAUGUACACUAGUGGGUCAACUGGAACCCCCAAAGGGAUUAUGCUUUCGCACUCAGCGUAUAUUCACCAUGCUCAGUCCGCCAGUGAGCUGUGGAACUUUGCGCAUGGGACUGAGACCGUGCUUCACCAAUCGUCCUACGCGUGGGACGCCUCAUUGUGGCAGAUCAUGGUUUCACUGUGCAUUGGGGCAACGAUUGUUGUCGCCUCUAAUCUCAUUCGCGGUGACCCUGUUGCUCUCACGGAUCUCAUCAUCUCGGAGAAGGUAACAUGCACACUUGCCACUCCAACAGAGUAUUUGGCUUGGCUUCGCCAUGAUAGUAUCAAGCUGCGAGACUCGACUUUAACCACCGCCAUCACUGCUGGCGAAUUUUUGUCAAACGGUCUCAUUCGUGCAUUCAGAGCUAUCCAGAAGCAAGACCUGCGGCUAAUAAACGCCUAUGGGCCAGCCGAGGUCACUUUCGCCUGCUCCGCUAAAGAGAUUGAGUACAAGUCGCCAGGUCCUGGGUCCAUUGCGCACCCCCUUUCUACUUUGCCUAACUACUCAGUAUACAUUGUUGACCAACUCUUCAACCCCCUUCCUAUGGGAGUUCCUGGCGAGGUUGUUGUCGCGGGUGCAGGAGUCGCCCAGGGUUAUCUUAAUGGGUUGAAAACAACUGAACGAUUUUUAGAAGACCAGCACGCGAGCGCCUUUUUCCAGGAAAAACAGUGGAAGUCAAUCUAUCGGACUGGUGAUCGCGGAACACUGAUAAAGGGGGGAGGAUUGGUCCUUCUGGGCCGGAUGGAUGGCGACAACCAGGUCAAAUUGCGCGGCAUGAGAAUGAAUCUCGAGGAAAUCGAAACCACCAUACUCAAUGCUUCUGCGGGGGCCAUCUCACAGAUAAUAGUCUCGAUUCGAUCAGAUGCCGAUUCCAACAACGAUAAUCAAUUUCUUGUUGCCUUCGCUACGAUGUCCGACCCGAAACCUCUGGAAACCUCGAUGUUAUUGUUGAAUCGUAUUCUCCGGGAGGUGCCCUUACCAACUCACAUGCGACCAGCCGCGAUCGUUCCCGUCGAGACCUUCCCUCAAAAUACGUCUGGGAAAAUAGAUCGAAGGGCCGUCGACCAAAUUCCCAUCCCCCUCAUCGCAUCUCAGAAACUCGACGGCGAUUCUCUCUCGGCAUUCGAGAAAAGGCUGCGUCAGCUUUGGCAACAAGCGCUUCCACGGGAAGUCGCCAGCUUUCACCUAAUUGAGUCACAAUCCGACUUUUUCCACGUCGGUGGGUCUUCCAUCGCCCUGGUCAAUCUGCAGGCGCUUAUCAAAGAGCAUCUCGGCAUCUCUGUGGCCUUGUAUGAGCUCUUUGAAUCAAGCACUUUGAAUGCGAUGGCCGCCAAGAUCCAAAGCAGCUCUACUCCCGAGCCCCAACAAAAUGUGGAUUGGGAUGCUGAAGUUCGAGUUGCACCGGACGCCGCGCCAUCUAUGGAUGGCGGGAACGCCCAAGUCAUUCCCUCCGGGGUCGGAGUCGUGGUACUUACCGGUGCGACCGGGUUCCUUGGAAAGGAAGUCCUUCGGCUUUUGUUAAAUGAUGAGAGAGUCCUUUUGAUCCAUUGUCUCGCAGUGCGAAAACGAUCUUCCGCGCUUCCCGACUUAUUCGCUCACCCAAAGGUUCGCUUGCACUUUGGAGAUCUGGGGGCCCCUUUGUUAGGGCUCUCGGCCCCUGAAGCCAACGCCAUCUUCUCCUCUGCGGACAUAGUCAUUCACAAUGGGGCUGACGUGUCAUUCAUGAAAUCAUACCAGUCACUGAACCUUAUCAAUGUUGCAUCGACUAAGGAGCUCGCGAAACUUGCCUUGCCUCGGAGAAUUCCAUUCCACUUUAUCUCCACUGCCGGCGUUGCGCGUCUUGCUGGCCAGGAAACCUUUGGGGAGGUCUCUGUGGCAUCUUAUCCUCCCCCGUCUUCACCAACUGAUGGAUAUAUUGCUGCCAAGUGGGUAAGUGAGGUCUACUUGGAGCACAUCCAUGAAGCAUACGCGCUCCCUCUGUGGAUCCACCGCCCGUCAAGCAUUACCGGCACCGAUGCCCCUGAACUUGAUUUGAUGGGCAAUGUCAUGCGAUACGCCAAAGAGACGCAGAAACUGCCCGAUUCGAGCUCAUGGACCGGGGUCUUUGAUCUGAUAUCUGUGGAGUCGGCCGCAAGUCAAAUUCUAAGGGCCGUCUACGAGUCUAGUGUUUCCAUGUCGCGAGGGAGUGGCGUUACUUAUUGCUAUGAGUCUGGUGAAAUGGAGAUCGGCCGUGAUGAGAUCAUACCCCUCCUAGAGUCUGGAACCGGAUUCGAAUUCCAGGUUGUUCCUCUUGAAGAUUGGGUUGUUGCUGCUGAAAACGCAGGAAUGAGUCAACUGCUCGGUGAAUAUCUACGCAGAUCCUCCGAUGGACAAGUUUUGCUUCCACGGUUGCUGAAAGGAAAUGGGGCUUUGACACACGAAUGA